AUGCCUCCAGACGAGCAGAAUGUCACAAUCGAGCAGCCCGGCAAUGACACCCCUUCAAAGCUCGCUAACGGUACACCUUCAACAGCGAGCCGAAUCAAACCUGCUCCGCUCGAGAAUGCCUUUCCAACUCCUCCAAGACGAAAUCCGAGCCGAGCUUCCGAAGGUCCAGUCGAAGGUCGUCAAUCUCCUGUUCCUGGUCGGCUGUUUGGAAUCAGUAAAUCCUCACCAGCCGUAAAGGAGUACAAGAGUCAAGAAAUACUCAGGUCCAGCGUCUCCGGAGCGCACAACUCUGGUCUUUCCAGCUCCAACGAAGUCGAGAAAUCAUGGCGAAGCGGCCAGGUUUCGAAGAAGAACAGUCAAUUCUUUGAUCAAGCGUUUGCAAUCAGGGAACCAUAUUACUCGGCGAAGGAGCGUGUCACGAGGGACUCUUUGAUAGUGGUAGAAUUUCAAUACAACUGCUGUCUGGACACAGAACAAAGCUUUCUGAACGACUUCCUAAUGACGCUCUCCGAGAUCUACCACAAACCGACCAACAAUAUCAUGGUUGUCGCGAGACCGAAUGUCCAUAUCAUGAUGGCUGCCUCUACAGAACCAGCUUACCUCGUGGCGAUCACUGCCAUGCCCUCAGAGAUUGCAGCCACCAAAAAUCUGCGGACCGUCAUGAUAGUACAAGAUUUCCUAGCAGAAGCUUUACAGAUACCUGUCAACCGAGGCAUCAUAAAAUUUCAUCCUGUCCAAGAAGACGAGUUGGGCUCGAACAAAACGACUGUGAAGGACGAGAUCGAGGUACUUCAGGCAGAAGACAAACGAAGUCAAAGCGUGCUGAGUCGCCAGAGCAACCGGACGAAGCGAGGUUCAACCAUGCCUAGUAUGGCAGAAAACUUUGGUGAUAUGGAACAAAGUCGAUCCCAAACACCAAUACUCCCGGCUACCAAUCCGUUCGAGUGUGAAGACGAAAAAGAAACCGAAAAGCCGCAAAGGACUUUUUCUUCUGCUGGUAGGAUCAUGAGGGGCAAAAAGAGCCUUAUGUCCUUCUGGAAGAAGUGA